AUACAAUUUUUUCUGAAAAACAACAUCAGCUUCACUGAAAAUAAAGAAAUACUGCGGAAGUUGCAAAACGUCGCAAUACGGUAUUUCUGCUCCAAGCAGUUCCUUGAGAUGAGCAUUUUUUCUUGAAAGUAAUUAUCAAUGUACUUGGAAAGGACGCUCCAUUCACAAGUCAUUCUUCAUCAGCUGUUAAUGUUGCCAAAACAAAGUAACCUCCAAAAUUUAUUGUGUCAAAAUUCACAAGUAUCAUAUAAUUAUGAUUAAAGUAUUGAAUGUUUGAUUGAAUUGUAUUAUGUGUAAUCAUGUCGGUGGCAAAUUUUUCGAGGUGGAAAAUAGUCCCUGCCUGGAACUUACAACGUAUCAAUGGAGCAAUAAUUUUUGAGUUGACUUGAAGCAAGUUAAAAAGCUAUUUCAGCAUCUUUUGCCUUACUUCCGGUAAUUUGAAACCCGGAUCUUCCAUACCUAUGAACGAAUAGACUAGACAUGCGUUUAACCCACGCAUUUGUCGAGUAAAAAGAAAAAAAAUACUUUUCUACCGAUGAUAGAAACUUCUGCAUUCCUUUUUGUGACACUAAUGUCUGUUGUUUUCUCUAUUUUGUCAUAACUUCUCGAAAUUCUUGAAUUUUGGCAAAUUAAUUCAGUUGCAGAAAUGAGUGACCAAAUUAUCGGUGAAACACGAUAAAGUUUGUUGACAUAGUUUAUGGUACAGUAAAGUUUACACAAGGUAAGCGCACAUUUGAGACACGGCGAAAAUGGCUCGUUGGAUAGGCUCGAAAUUGAAGGACGAACCUGAAUGCGGAUUUUGCGGGAAGUUCCUGACAGAUUUUGCAGGUUCCAUGGCCGACAUCCUGAAUACUUGUACCUGCCCGAUCCUGAGUUCGAGCAGUAUAGAAUCCAUCAACAACGAUUUUAGCUCGGGGCUGUACGACAUCCCACCAUGGCAGUCAGAAUCGUUCCCUCAUCUCCGUGCCUUCUCUCAAGGUCUCUCCUGUCCUCAAAUUUUGGACAACCUAUCCCGCACCGAGUACAUACCGGAGUACAACACGUGUGACCCGUCCGCUUUGAAUGGUUUGGUGGCGUACAAUGACGCUAGGUCUUACUCUAGGAUCUCAAACCCGCCAGGGCCGAACAGCUACGAUGCAGGCGUCUACGAGACUCCGGCCAGUGUGUGCUUCGACGAUGAAGAACGAAGCUGCCUUGCGUGCAAGAAGCAACCCUCCGGAGUAUACUCUAAGGCUUGCAGCUCCUUGCCUGCAGGCACCAACAGCCCGGUGAGAGAUGAAGGUCCGGACAAUUGCAUUAUUAAUUGUUGGUACGAUAAGAAGAAUAACAGCCUUAUCUGCAGCUACGAACCGAAAGACGAACGCGAUUCGGACGCAAGCAAAAGUUGCGAUUCGGAAUCAUUCUGCUCCCAAAAGGAUGAGCUCUUCUUCUGCAGCGACGAUGAAAAUGAUGAUUUCCCGAGCGGUAGAUUUUCUCUGAAGCUCACGACUAAAAAUCAAAACUCCUCGAAUCCUUGCAGUCGCUUUUUCGGACCAAGCCAAAGCUAUUUGGGAAAGCACCGGAAGGCCAUCGAUAUGGGGAGAAGAGACACGGCAUGGCUUCGGAAAACGGACAACCAGGAUGAAUGUAGCUUGAAUAUCUCUCUUUAUUCGGCUGGAGGCUGUAUCGACCCACGGCAACUCCGGACAAAGAUUUAUAAAAAAUAUCGUGGGGAAGAGGCGAGACACAAUAUUAAGGAUUUUAUCGAAAGGAAAAAGAAGGAGAUUGUCAAAUCUGUAUCACGAAAAGAUGAAUCUUGGCUGCAGAGGGCGAAAGAGGCGGUCGCUAGGUAUGUUUAUGACAUGGAGGGAAAUUUGAAAAAGGAUGGUAAGGAGGAUUCUCCUGGUAAGACUGAAGUGAGAAGAGCUAAAGACUCGCCUGAGAAAGAAAUGGUGUCGGAUGAAGAGAACUUGAAGGCAGAAGUGCAGAACUGUGAAGUGCACGCCAACUGUUUUGGUGAAGAGAAAGAAGCGGAAUCUGAGUGUGUCUCUGAAAACGAGGCAAAUGAGAGAAAGGAGAUGGACGCUGAAAACGAGGAAAAUGAAAGAAGAGAAAAUGAAGUCAAAGAGGCUUGCAUAAAGUGCUUGGGAGAGAUCGAAGAAAACGUACAGAGGGAUAAGCGAGAGAAAAAAGAGAUCGCCAAGCAUCUUACUGAUUGUGAGGAUAAUUUAAGGAAGGAAAAAACAUCUGAAGAAAUGCUCGCUGAAUGUAUUGCAAAGAAAAAAGCUCGUUCUAGAAGAGAGAGUAAGACGAAAGAGACGAAGCAUGUUGUAGAAAGCAAAGAAAAUACUAGGAGAGACAUUCAAGCUAUAGAGAUGCUCACUAAGUGUGGGUCAAAGAAGGAGGAGAACUUGAAAAGAGAGAAACUGGCUGCGAAUAAUACUGGAUGUCUUGCAGAGAAAAAAGAAAACGAAAGGAAAGAAAAGGAAACGAAGGAUGUGUACAUUCAUUGCACUUUAGAAGAUGAGUCAAAGGAAAAUGGAGAAGAGCAGAUAACUGCGGCUAUCUCUCCCUGUAUCGCAGAAAACGAUGAAGAUGAAAAAGAAGAAAGAAAGGUGAAAGGAGCUUUUGCUGAGUGUAUCGCUCAGAGAGAGGUAAGAGAAAUUACGGCAAAGUGCAAGGCAAAGAAAGAGGCUGCUGAAAGGAAAGAAAAUGAUGCUGAUGACGCGUUUUUUGAGUGCAUUGCUGUGAAAGAAACAAACAGACUGAGGGAAUGUGCCGGCAAUGAGGUGCUUGCGGUGUGCAUUGCGGAUACUUUGAGAACUAAGAUGACGGAAGGAGAUAGAAAAUGCACAACUGAAGAGUUCCGAGAGAAAUUUGCGGCUGAGAAUUAUGCAGAUGGAUGGUGUAAGCAGGAGGAAGUGAAACUCGGACGUCAAGAUAGCGAAAAAUCAAAGGAUUUGAGCUUGUUCUCCUUGAAAGGGAGUGGCGUUGAGAAAAGAAGCAAAAACGAUAAAAAGCCCAAGUGCACGGGGAGAAUUUGUCACAGCAAAGUAUGCAGCGAACUUUGUAAUCUGCUAACUGAAAAAGAAUCUGAGAGAAUAGGCGAGAAACAUGACAGCUUGUGCAAAGCCAGUGCCCCAGAAACCGAGAAGAAACGAGAUAGAAGGUGCAAUCAUUCCACUGAGCAGUGGGCCGAAGAAAAGUCUGUCCGCAAUCAAAAGGAGUUUCCGGAAACGCCUUCCAAAAACCUUCAGUCUAAAGUGUCUUUCAAGGAUUGUCCAGUGGAGCAAGUGCCCGCCAAGGCAAGCGAUCUGUCCAAUUGUGAGCCAGAGCCCUGCAAGAAAAACGCCAAGAAGUCCAAUUUUUGUCAGACCAGUGUGCACAAACUCAGAGAAGCAAAACGCCGCGCUAAGGCACGAAAAGAGGCCAAAAAACGCGCCGCCCAACUCAAUAAGCGUGAAAAAAACUCAAACGAUGGACUGAAGUCGUCGUGUUUGCGUGCAUCCGCGAGCGAGCGCUCCAAAACUGAGUGCGGUCGUCGAGUUUGUAAAAGCCCCGAAAAGUCCCGACAAAAAUUGGCAAAAGACAGGAAGUCACAGGACUCCCGUAGGACAUCCUGCAGUCCAGAAAAGUCGAGACGCAGGUCACAACACAGCUGUCGUUCUUCGUCUGGAUGUAGCUCAGGCAGGUCAAGGCGAAAAGGUCACUGCUCGGCCUCCGACUGUAGUCGAAGACGGAAUCAAAAGUCUUGUGCGCCUCCCAGCUGCAUCCUAGACACGUCACGGGCGAAGUCACCUCAAGAUUCCUACCUACGUCCGAGCCAUAGUCCAGCUAGGUUACGGCGAAAAUCAAGACAGAAAUCCUGCAGCUCGGGCAAGUCCCGAUCCUGCUCUCCGUCCCGUGGUAGUAUCAUCAACAAAGACCCAUGUUUCGAGAUGGCUUUAGAAUCGGAGCCAACAGACUUGAUGCCGGUCAAGCAGUGUUGGUCCAAGAGGAGCUCGAGGGAAAUCAUCGAAGACGCUAUUAGGAAGUUGGAGGACAUAGAAAAGAAGAGUUUGUCUGGGAUCGUGACCCCACCUAGAGUCUGUUCCGAGGAACCAGAGUUCUAUGAAGCUAUCGACUCUGCGCAUAUGAAUACCUCCGAGUCCAACUCACCGAGGGAUCCAUCGGUGGACGUUGAGAGAGGCCGUCGUCCCUCCAACAGCCGGACUCCAUCGUGCAUCUCUCCCCGCGAUCGGGACGAUAGAAAAGAACGUCGUAAGGCCUCGAUUCCACCCUGCGGAAAGAAAGAUCCAUGCGAGAAAAAGAGGGAGCGUUGUAAGGCCAAGGCUCGAAAGCAAUGCCGGGAUAAAAAAUGUAAAACAUGCGGAAAGAAGAAAGAGCGGGUCACUGAGAGAAGCUGAUGGGCUGGAUCACACUGAUAAGGGUUAUGGAUGGCGACCGGACGGUCACAUGUGGAUCAUGUGCCACAGCGGUAUAAUCCCCGCCAACGCAGUCCACGCCGGCAGGGACAAGGACGGAGCGCCGAUCUACGCCGGGCGGGCCUACCACGA